AUGUCGCCGCAGAAAGAUCGCAGGCUCGCCGGAAGAGGCGUUGGAUUAGGUAUCGGCAUCGGGUGCGGCUUCGGAGUCGGUUGGGGGUUCGGAGGCGCGCCCAUAGGACUACUAGGCUUGGGCGUCGGAGGUGGUUGCGGUGUGGGCUUCGGACUCGCUUGGGGCGUUGGUGUGGGCAUCGGAAGCAAGUAUAUAAACCAAAAUUUUCUUUUCAAAGGCGCUUCCCUCUGA